AUGCCAACGUAUAAUCCGAUGGAAAUGUUCCAAAAAAUCGUCGAUGUACAGCAAUGUACAGCAAUGUUAAUUACUAAUUUGAAAAUGAAAAUAAUCAUACGAUUUGAAGAAGAACACUGUCAUGGUGCUACUAAAGGUGCAAUAAGAGCAAUGAAAAUAAAACAAACGAUAAAGGAAUGUUCACUUCAGACUUGCAACAAUCCAGGACAAAUUUUUGCUCAAGCUGUACAAAAUGUACCAAAAGAGAUAUUAAUUGAAUUACCAUCCGAAGAUUCAAUAAAAAGAAGUAUUCGUAUCCUAAGAAGCAGUUUAAACCCGAAAAAACCAAAAAGUCUACAAGAACUUGUUAUUGAAUGUAAUUUGCAUUACCUACCUAUUAUUAUAAUAAUUUAUAAAUGGCUUGGUUUACUACAAAAUAGUUUUUAA